UAUAGAUAUGAGGAGAUUUCGCACGCAAGUUGCAUUAUCAAUUUAAUCUUCGUCACGUUGAAAAAAGACAGUCACAUACCCUACGCCAAUGGGAAGGCCAAAGAAAAUAAAAUCGGAAGAACUCGUUCUGGAACAGGAUGAGAACGAGCCAAGAAGCAGUACAUCAGUUCCACCGACGCCCAAACGCAAGAAAUCCACUGACGCCAGUGAGGGGCAAUCCAAGGCACUGCUCAAACCGGGAAAAAUCUGGCAACCGGAGGAAGAUGCCACGAUCAUCGAACUGGUAAAAGAGCAUGGAAAGCAAUGGGGAAAAGUAACUGAAGCAUUCAACAAAAUAUACGGCGUUACCGAGUCGCAAGUUCGCAAUCAUUGGCAUAAUUCAUUGAAGAAGAAGAUCGCAUCUAGUAGCGAGCUUGACAGUGGCGAAACAUAGUUUUAUGCAGCGAUGAUGACUAGAUGAUGCAUUCGCGACUCGGGCGAUGUGGAAGUUAAUGUACUGCUUAUGAUCUUCGUAAUAUGAUCAGCCUUAUGGAAUGUGAUAA